AUGUGGAGAUUAUUAUGCAAGAAUGUUUCACUACAAAAAUCAUCAACAAUCUGUUUAUCAAGAACAAAGCAAUUAGUUAAUGUUACUAAACCAUUGUCAUUAAUUCAAUCGCGCAAUGUCACGAACAGUCGUUAUUAUCAUUACCGAAAUCGGUUGUUAUUAUUUUCAAGAUUAAAAUGUACACAACCAGCAACUUCACUGUUAUUGAACCCCUCACGUUCAUUUUCAUUUUGGAAAUUACCCUUUGUUUUGGUAACUACUUUACCCAUAAAACGUCGUCUAGGACUUAUCACUCUAGGUGGAUUGGGACUCGUCACAGUUUUCGUAUUUGGGCCUUUUCUUCUUGUAGGAGUUGGAGGACUUGCUGCCUAUGCCGCAUUUCGUUUUUGGCGAUUCAACCGACAUAUAAGGCAGCAACUGCCACAACAACAAAACUGGACUGACUUGUUUACUACAAUGAUUCAGCCUUCUUCCUUUUUAAAUUUAAACAAUAGCAUUACUUUGGGUCAACAUCAACAAGCACAACUUGAAUCAGAAGUGAUCCAUUAUUUUAAUAAUUGGGUGCAGUUUAAUGUAGGCCAAAUUGAGUUGGCAAAACAUGGCAUCUAUUUAGAUCAGCUUACAUCUUCCGACGUUUCUCUUCGUAGCUCAUCCUAUUCUACUGUAAAUACACUGAACAAGUCAAUAAGCAAGAUGAAUAUUGAAUUAGAAUUAGAUGAUGCGCCAGGAAACAUAUUAAUUGCUACUGCAGAGUUGGAUAAAGCAAAAAAUUUGGAAAUCAAAGAUAUUCAUUUAAUAACAGCUUCAGGAUAUAAUUUACAUAUUCCUCUUAGUAAUGAUAGUAGAAAAACAAAACGAAGAAUAAUUGAAGGUGAAUUUCAUGAUGUAUAG